AUCAAACCGGACCAAAAGCUUCAAUGGGAGUAGAAGUUACUGAUAUCUGCAUGGACAAGCAAUCAGAUUCUAUAAUAGUGCAGUCAAAUGGAUUUUCACUUGAUUCAAAUGAUGAAGCAUUUCAUAGUCAUCACGAUGCCAUGCAGUCAUAUGUGAACGGGGAUCCUGAUCUCCAAGGUACAGAAGAAGGCUCUGAAGCAAAAGAAUAUGAGGUGAAGGAAUGCACUACUGAAAAUUCAGUGCUGAAAUCUGAACUAAGUCACAUUGAGAACACUAAGGAAGAGCAAAGCAUGUUAAGCUCCAAUCUUGACACUGGCAAAGCAAAGUAUAAAAAAUCAAGAGUUUCCAAGCAUGAAUCAAAACAUGCUGUAGCAAAUAUCCGAACAAAGCACACUGUUCCGCAUCCAUUUGCCCUUGCAACUGAAAAGCGUGCUUCAUCUGGAACUCGUCUGGCAUCAGCUGAAGCUUGCACUGGGACUGGUUUGAACAAAUCUUCUAACACAACUGGUGCACUUCAUCCAGACCCAAGAAAACAGAAUCAGCAGCCACAAUCGGUCUUGAGGAAACCUCUGCAACCUAAUAACAAGAAGCAUCCUGAUGAUGAUGAAUCUUAUUCUGUUAAUUCCAUCACUUUGGAGUCUUCCCGGACUGCUAAGCCGAAGUCAACUGUUGCAUCAGCUCCUACAUUUCGAUGUUCUGAGCGUGCGGAGAAGAGGAAGGAGUUCUAUUCGAAACUGGAGGAGAAACACCAAGCUCUGGAGGCCGAAAAAACCCAAAGUGAAGCCCGGACUAAGGAAGAGAUGGAGGCAGCCAUCAAGCAAUUCAGGAAGAGUUUGGCAUUCAAGGCAAGUCCAAUGCCAAGCUUCUACCAUGAGGGACCACCACCAAAAGUUGAGCUGAAAAAGAUGCCACCAACUCGUGCAAAGUCUCCGAAGCUAGGUCGGAGGAAGAGUUGUAGUGGUCCAGUCACUUCAAGUCAGGGUGAGAAGGUAAAAGGUGCUUAUCACAAAAAUCGUCACAGUUUGGGUAGUCUAAGAGAAGACAUUAUCGCCGCCACUUUUGGUUCAGCAAACAAAAAGAAUCAAAACAACGUCCAGAAUGGCAAUGGUCCAUUGAAAUUCAAAGAUGAAUCCUUGAAAGCACAAGAGAUGAGUGAGUCAAUUCCACCCAAGGCAAAUGGCCACACUGACUCAGACAUUAAUUUCCUAACUUGAGUUUCUGGUGAGUUUUCUAAUUUAAGGGGAAUGGCUUAUUCCUCGUUUUCUCGUGAUUUCACUAAAGAAUGUUUAUUUUGUUGUCUUAAAGCUGCAAAGACUUGUUUUUUGGGUUGUUAUUAAGUGUAAAUUUCUGUAAGUUAUGUUCAUAUAUAUAAACGUCCCUGAUUUGCUGUAAUAUUUCAGUCAAGACACUCCAAUUCACUUAUUUGAACAAUUCAAUAAAAUUUUAUCAUA